CUCAGCAUCGAGAGCAAGCAUGAGGUAACCAUCCUCAGCGGACUCAAUGAGUUUGUGGUCAAGUUCUACGGCCCACAAGGAAGUAAGUAUUUUCAUAAACAUCCUAAUGAUUUUCACUGGCUUCUCAAUGGGCUCAUUGUGUCCAUGCAAAGAUCUGUAUGGCAUUAUCUGCUGUAAGGAUGCAAUCUUCCUCCCAGUGUGUGUGCAGGCGGUUGUGUGUGCAGGUCUGUGUGUGUUUCUAAUCAAAUGUUGUUGUUUUUUAGCACCAUAUGAAGGAGGUGUAUGGAAGGUGCGAGUAGACCUACCAGACAAAUACCCCUUCAAGUCUCCAUCUAUAGGUACAGUAUCAAAAUGCAUCUGUCACAACACUCUCUAUGUAAUAUACACUAAUAACAUAACUGGUGAAAGCAUUGUGGAAAUUACAAUAACACUUUUUCCAACCACAGGUUUUCUAUGAAGACUAACUUUAUUUUUCUCCUCACAGGAUUCAUUAAUAAAAUCUUUCAUCCCAACAUUGAUGAAGCGUAAGUUCAUUUUGAUGAUAUCGUUUUAGUCGUUAGCAACUAAUGUACAGUAUGUUGAUGUUUAGACCUGGACAAUCUUAUCAGUUAUACAUAAUGUUUGUUUGAUGUUAUAUCACAAAAUGCUGCUCACAAUUUAGUUUAUUUUCUGCUCUCUCAUCUCCCCUUUCCUUCAGGUCAGGGACGGUGUGUCUAGAUGUCAUCAACCAGACGUGGACAGCCCUGUACGGUGAGUAAAGGUUCCACAUUUAUUUCAAAAUGGACACAAUGGACAUGCUACCACUUCAGUUUGAAAACGUUUGAAACUCACUGAAUGGUUUGUUCCAUGACAUUGGUACAUGCUGUACCUUUUCUCUAUGACCAUGUCUGGGCUGUUGGCUGCUGUGAGGAGCUGACAUAAGAGUGACCGACUGGGAAAACAGGUCUACAAUGUCUCUAUCAACUUAAGUAUCUCUCAACUUAGUGUUUAUAAGGCUUUUAUAUGGCUGGCCUUGUGAAUAGCUGAGCAUGAUUGCCAUACAGAAGUUCCUAUCAUUGAAAACCGUACUAGCAAUUUACCUUGUUACUGUGAUUUGUACUCUUGUUCCAACGUUUAGGAACACUGUGUCAGUGGGACAUACCCGACAUGGCAUUAUAAUAUGUUUUUUUUAAUCACCCUUUCUGGUUUGAGUUGUUGGCCCAUUCACUGCUUGAAGCAGAUAGGCUAUUGUAUUGAUGGUGAGAGCUGAACAGAGACCUAGUGGCCGUUUGUCAUCAUGACAGGACUGGAUAUGAAAUGCAAAACUGCGAGGCCUACUAACCUCCGAAUGAAAUACUUGUGAUGUGUUUUUUUUUUUUUGCAGUUCAACUUGUACUGUUCUACUAAUUGUGCAAUUAGUACAGCUCAUUGAGUGUUUGCCUUGAGUCGAAAGUUGCACAUUAGCACCUCUUUACCCUCCAUAAUGUAAAACACUGGUCGUCCCUCCUCCCCUUGCAGACCUGACCAACAUAUUUGAGUCAUUCCUGCCCCAGCUGCUGGCCUACCCCAACCCCAUCGACCCUCUCAACGGAGACGCUGCCGCCAUGUACCUUCACCGGCCAGAGGACUACAAACACAAGAUCAAAGGUGAUGCACACACAUAUACACACUGUACAUGCGUACUGUACAUACACACACACACAAUAGACUGUCUGACUCUUUUCCUGCUCUCUGUUCCAGAGUAUCUCCAAAAGUAUGCGACAGAGGAGGCUCUAAAGGAGCAGGAGGAGGGAGGUGACUCCUCAUCUGAGAGUUCCAUGUCUGACUUCUCUGAGGAUGAGGCUCAGGACAUGGAGUUGUAG